AUGGCUCGAAUCAAGAUGACUGUAAAACGUAAAAAAUCCUGCCAAGAACCUGAGAAAAACCAAGAUGUCUACUCAAGCACUGAGUCAGACUAUAAUGAAGAAAACCAAUCUGAAGAAACUUCCAUGAACACCAUUUCUUCAUCUCAACCAUCCAAAAGCUCCACUCCUCCAAAAAUCGUCAAAAAAUCCUCCUCCUCCACUCCUUCCAGGCGCUCCUCCAGAAUCAUGUCUGGAGCCGUUUCGACCAAAAAGGCAACCCCUCAGGACAACACGAUUCAUGUCAUCAAAUCUGAUGAUUCAGAGACCACUCCUCCUGUUGAACCAACACAACAACCUCCUCCUGCAAAAUCAAUUUCCAAAACUCCAACUCCCAAAAAGACCAAACCACCUUCAUCAAAACCCCCUUCAUUAUCCACAAAAAUUUCUGCCAACACUUCAUUGUUUGAUUCGGACGAAGUAGAAUCGGUCUACACUUCAAAAUGGCAAAACAAGUCAGUGAUAAAUGGAAAAAUUAUUGACCUUGUUGAUAUUAAACAAGGAGGGUUCAACAUUGAAGAAAUGUUUGAACAACUUGGCUGGAUCUCAUUUUUCAAAAUCAAUGAACCACAGUACCCACGUCUAGUAAGGGCCUUCUAUGCAGCUUCAAAAGGAUCUAAAGGCAUGACAAAUUUCAGUAUGGUACUGAAAAGGGUUCAUAUGGAAAUCAAUCCCACCACUUUAUGUCAAAUACUUGAUAUACGUGAUGAAGGAGCCCAUUGCCUUUCUGAGACAUGGUAUUCACAGUGUGUCAUCACUAGGACCUAUGUGCUCCAAAACACCCUCAUCAAACCUUCUAAACCAUUGGUGGCCUUCAACCUCGUCCCCUUGUGUCGCAUCCUUCACAACAUCUGUGUCCACUUCAUAACUCCCCGAGAUGGCAGUUUUGAGAAAGUCACAGAAAUGGAUCUGAUGAUUAUUCAUCAUGUGAUUACUGGUACUCCUCUUCAUUUGGGUCAUGUCAUUUUCACCUUCAUGCUGAAUGCUGUUGUUUUGGGACGAUCUGCUCCCUAUGGGAUGAUUUUAACAAAAAUAUUCAAAUUUUUCAAAAUCCCACAUGAGGAUGAACAUUCCAUCUACUUCAACAACACUUUUUCUAUGAAGAACAUUAAACAGAUGAAGAUUCAAAAUGAUGACCGUCCUGCCUCAAAGAAAAGAAAAACUCGUCCUUCCUCUUAUUACUGUGUUGCUUAUGAACCCAUGUUUUCUGAUCAUGUUCAUGCUGUUAAAACUGUUGUAGUAUUACUGUGUUGCUUAUGA